AUGCGUCGCAAAAUAGCGUCAUCAUACGUGUUACAAGCACAAGAGGAAGAUAUAUAUAACGCGGAUGCUUCCUUCCCAGAAAAUGGCAGAAAUGGGUCCGGCGAAUCUUCUAAGAUAGCCACCUCAGGUGAAGUCGAGAAGGAUUCAGAAACUAUACAAACGUCAAGACACAGCAGUGAUCUUAAUGUACAAGCUAACGAUCAAGAAGUGGAUGUUGCAGAAAUCGAUAACAUUAUUGCAAAAAAGAUAUCUUGUUUGCUCUUAGAAUCGGAAUUUACUCUUGAAGAGAUAUGGAAGAAACGAUCCUUAGAUGAUUCAGAACAAUGGAAGGCUAAGUUUUCCUCCGAUUUAAAAUCUGUAGACGCAGACUUAACUUUUAAAACACAACCAAUGUUUACGAAGAGAAAUUCGAUAUUGGCACUUUUGAGCUCAUCUGUGGGAAAUACUGAAGGACCAAUUGAUGAUACUAAAUAUAGAAAAGACCAUUCAAAACUAAAGAUAGUGAUGAAAGAUUAUUUAGAUUCGUUGUGGAGCAAAUUACACUUCAAGAAAGUAGUACUAGAAGAAGCUUUCGCUCUUGGCAUCCAAAUUACUGGUACAAGAUGUACUAUUUAUUCCCUUUCCUACGAUAAUUCGCAGAAUUUCUAUUUUUUCGUUGAAAAUGGUAAUUCUGAUUUACAACCAUUAUAUUUAUUUGACUUUUGGACUUACAACUAUUUACGGAGACCAACACUAGUUGAGAUGGCAACACUUAUAUUCCCUAUGACAUUCUCAGACAUGGAAGACCUUUUGCCAGAUUUUCUGGAGAAUCUUUUAGCAUUAUGA